AAAAAAGGUUUCUUUGGGCUUCAUUCUUGCUCCGUUCUCAGUUUCGCAAAUCCCUUCCUCCGCCGCAGUAUCUCACUCUCAACACCAUCCACCGCCAAGAAGCCGCCACUCACCUGCUCUCUGUCUUUGAAGGUUCAGGAUUGGAGAUUAUUGAAAAUCGUCCCAAGUCAUGGAAAACAGUGCGAAUCAUUUAGACGAGGACGUUAGCAAGAAAGAAGAAUCACCUCAGCUUGCGGCGUUGUUGAAAGAAAUGAAGGAAGGACUCGAUACUGUGAGGCGUAAAGUUCAAUCUUUAACUGCCAAAGUGAAAGAAGGUGAGUAUCCUACAGCAGAUGGAUUUAGCUACCUUGAAGCUAAGAAUUUGCUGCUUUUGAAUUAUUGUCAAUCCCUCGUUUAUUAUUUAUUGCGGAAGGCUAAAGGGUUAUCAAUAGAAGAUCACCCUGUUGUUCGAAGUGUUGUAGAGAUAAGAUUAUUUUUGGAAAAGAUUCGGCCAAUUGACAAAAAACAACAAUACCAAAUCCAGAAACUAGUGCAGGCCAGCGAAAAUGCAGCCAAAAGUGAUAUUCAAAGUAAGGACCCAGUUGCGUCCAAUAAGAGUGAGGAUGCAUCAAAGUAUCGUCCCAAUCCUGAUAUGCUUAUUAGCAAAGUAGACUUAACUUCGCAGGAUGGACAUGAUACAUAUCAACCUGUAAAGUUUGCCCCAACUUCUAUGGAUAUAGAAAAACCUUCUAAGCAUGAAAGAAAUGCCUUGCGAAGAGAAAAAGAAAUUCUGAAACAAGCUAAGCAGAGUGAUUAUAUCAGGACAUUGAUGAAUGAUAUGGAGGAAAGACCUGAAGAGGUGAGGGAUUUUGAGGGAGCUAGCAAAGAAGUUGAUAGAUUUGUCUCCAAGAUGGAGAAACGUGCUCAGCAAGAGGAGGAGAUGUUCACUCGUGUUCCUCUUACGAAACAGGAGAGGAAGCGAGAAAAAUACUUGAAGAAAUCAAGAAAUGGGUUGCAAGGUCUAACAGAAAGUUUCUAUGAUGAAAUCAAAACAUUACCCUUUGAAGAUAGAACCGAAGAGCAAGUAAUGGGAUCUGGUAAUGGUAGCAGCAGAAAGAGCCGAGUACAUAAGCGAAAGAGGAAACACUGAAAAGAGGAGAUUUAGGGGUUUGACCUAAAGGUUCUGGGAGGCUGACCACCACAUGGUGUUGGAGGAAGUAGUAAUAUUAGGUUGAAUGCAAAGGAAAUGUAAAAGCUAGUGUUGGGUAUUGGGGAAUUCCUUCGUGUUUGUAGAUUUAUUUUUGUACUUUAUUGCCAUCCUAAUCGGCUGGUCCCAAUGAGGAACGUGGAUCGGAGAUUUUGGAAGAGAUGAAAGUGUUUUUUGGUUUAUUAUUACGGAAUAUUUUUUUGGAUAAA